UGAAAUGCAGAGUAAUAAAGCUUCUGCCGCAGCAGUGAAGCUGCUCCACUUCUCUGUUUGGUGGCUGCCACUCUUUAAGUCUCACAGAUCAGGCAGUUUCACCAUUGGCGGUUGUAGUAAACUGUAAAGAGCCUAUGACGAGGACAUAAUCUCUUGUUUUUCGGAUAUUCUUUGCAUCUUCGUGGGCUCCGUGUCACUCGGCAGCAGCCAGAAAAGGUGUCAUUUACCCCCAUGAGUGAAAUGGCUGGGGCUCAUCACAUGCGUCACAAAGUGUUAGCCGGGUUUAUGGAUGCAGCAGGUAUCAGUUUAUCGGCCUUAGUGGAAAAGCGCUUGAUCACUUGUGCUCCAUCGUAUUAGGAAGGGACAGCUGCUCCGGAAAAGGCCUCGGGUCAGCAAAUAGAAAAGCACUUCAGCUGCAAAAACAGGAUAAUAAUUACCAGAAGAGCCAACGUCACAAAAAAACUGAAGCUGGCCACACAGUCUACGCUGCAGGAGUUGGUCACAUUCAACCACAUAUACCUGCAUUUAGGCAGCGAGCCCCAGUUGUGGCCGGUGGGCAUGGUUUUAGAGGGAAGCUCAGAGGCGCUGUGUCCCCCCCCAUCUCUGGAGCUGCGCCCGUCCUGCAACAAGAGCCAGACCUCGCCUCCUCUGAGCACAAGCUCGCAACCCCACGACGGAGUCUUCCCCGAGGACAAGGAGCCCGUCAAGUACGGCGAGCUCAUCGUCUUAGGACACAAUGGGUCGCUGGCCAACGGGGACAAGGGUCGCAGAAGAAGUCGUCUGGCCCUUUACAAGAGACCCAAGGCCAAUGGGGUCAAACCUGAUGUUAUCCACAACGUCUCGACGCCUCUGGUGUCAAAGGCACUCAGCAACAAAAGCCAGCACAGCAUCUCCUACACACUGUCACGGAGCCACUCUGUCAUUGUGGAGUACACGCAUGACACCAACACAGACAUGUUCCAGAUUGGCCGGUCCACAGAGAGCAUGAUCGACUUUGUGGUGACGGACACAGCAGGCAGCGGCAGCAGUCAGGGCGGGGGUGCAGCGGGGGAGGGCGGCGGUGGAGGACAGUCGGCGCAGAGCACCAUCUCCCGCUACGCAUGUCGCAUCAUGUGUGAACGCAGCGCUCCCUACACGGCCCGCAUCUACGCCGCCGGCUUCGACUCCUCCAAGAACAUCUUCCUGGGGGAGCGGGCUGCCAAAUGGAGGACGUCGGACGGCUUGAUGGACGGACUGACCACUAACGGCGUGCUGGUGAUGCACCCGGCGGGGGAGUUUGUGUCUGAGCCGGCACCGGGCGUCUGGAGGGAAAUCUCGGUAUGCGGCAACGUUUUUGCCCUGAGGGAAACGCGCUCAGCCCAGCAGAGAGGCAAGCUGGUUGAAAAUGAGUCCAAUACCCUACAGGACGGUUCUCUGAUUGAUCUGUGUGGGGCGACCCUGCUGUGGAGAACCCCUGCCGGACUGCGCCACACCCCGACCCUCAAACAGCUGGAGUCCCUGCGCCAGGAGCUGAACGCCGCCCGACCACAAUGUCCGGUGGGCUUCAACACUCUGGCCUUCCCGAGCCUGGCCCAGCGCGAGAUCGUAGACAAGAAGCAGCCGUGGGUCUACGUCAACUGUGGCCACGUGCACGGUUACCACAACUGGGGCUACCGCAAGGAGAAGGGUCCCGCCGGACCCGGGGGCACAGCACCGGCUGGCACCGGGGAGAGAGAGUGUCCCAUGUGCCGGCGAGUGGGCCCCUACGUGCCACUGUGGCUGGGCUGUGAGGGAGGAUUGUACCUGGACGCCGGGCCGCCCACUCACGCUUUCUGCCCCUGUGGUCAUGUUUGCUCAGAAAAGACAGUGGUGGGGUGGAGCCAGAUCCCGUUACCACAUGGCACCCAUGCCUUUCACGCUGCCUGCCCCUUCUGUGGUACCUGGUUGACAGGAGAGCAGGGCCACAUCAAACUCAUCUUCCAAGGCCCCGUCGACUGAAGCCCAGAGUGCUGUACUACGAAGCGAGCUUAAUGGCUUAGCGAGGUAUGUUGAGUCUAAAGCCAGAGUUUUCCGUAUUACGAAGGUGGCUCUCUUUUAACCUGGCUACUUGCAAGCUUUUGCAGAGUUCCAGUUUGAAAUCGGCUACAAAACGGUGCGACACUUUCACUUAUCAGCCUCCUUGGACAUCGUUUCAAACAUUCUUGUGAGAUCCAAUGGAUUUAGGAGCUAGGAAAAAACAUACGAGAUGCAAAAAUAUGCGUUUAUCACGACCUUGGUCGUACUUCUUCCUCUCAGAUUCAGCUCACUGACGCAGAUCAUUGUCAUCUCCUCUUCCAUGUGCCUUAGUGUAACGUUAAUGAGUGACAGAAUCACUACGUCAAAAAUAAAACGAUUAAUUGUCUCCCUCCCAUUGCACUAACUCGACCUGUUGCUCUUUAAAAUGGAUGGAUCUACCUGUUCCUUCUGAAAGAGCCGACGCAUUGAACCAUCUUUAAUUUAAUGCUGGCAGUUGUUUCGAAACCUUUCUCAUUUUUACUGCUCGGAUGUAAGAGGGACGUAGAUCGUUAAAGUCUGUAAUGUUGAUUAUUCACUGAUUCACUCAUCUGUCAAAAUGAAUUUGAUUUGAAAUAUUUUUUAACAGCAAAAUAUAACGUAUUUGAUUAAUUUAGAUGAUUCACAGAGCUGCUACUGUUCUUACGCUACACUGUUAAAGACCUGAAGUAGGAAAUCAGUCCAUUUGUUUGUGAAAAUAGAGCUCCGGAAGCUGACAUCACGCAAUCCCAUGAUGCAACACUCAGAAUCAAAACCACGCCAUUUUGGCAGGAAGCGGCGCUGUUCACGUUCACAGACAUACGACGUACUGUUGAUAAUUGGCAGCAAAUAAAGCAGGCAUCUCGUUUCUUCACCGGCUUUUUUCAUAGGAAAUGAAGAUGGUGGACAGAUGUUUCAAGCCGGGAUGACAAAACAAUCGGGGACAGGCGGAAGAACAUUUUACCGUAUAAACAAAGUUCCCAAGGACAUUCAAAGCGAGUGUAGAAGACAGAGUGAUUAAAACCAGGAACAGGCAACGCAUUCCGCUUAUAAAGUGAUCACUUCAUACCAGGUACUGGUCGCGAAUCAUGACACUGACGUUAGCAUCCAGAUUCGCAGUUUGUUGUUAAUUUUCCCUUAAGUUUCCUCUUAAGCUGCAAAUCUGGAUACCAACUUCAGCGUCAUUACAAACUCCAAGGCUAAUUAACUUAAAAAACGUGAUUGUUUAACAUGCUUUUACUGCGACGUGUACGUGUUCUGUGGAGCAGAAUGAGGGAAAGUUAAAGAUGUCGUAACACUGCAGAUCUAGAAUAAUGUCCGCUCCGGGCUCUGACCCUUUUCCUGCCAACAUGACGGUGUGAGCAAACUGAGUCGCGCUUGGUCCGGAGCUCUAUAGAGUCAAUAGCCCCCUUUGAGCACUGGAGAAACAAAAAAAAUCCUGGAUUGACAAAGUAUGUUGAAAACCACUGUUGGGGAUGCUAGUUAUCUCUGGCUGAGGCUUCAGUAUUUGUCGAGCCAGCUCACUCAAAGAAAGCCCGGCUCUGGUGAGCAGGCUUCGUAGUACAGCCCUCUGAGCAGGACAGACGGAAGACGUUGGACUGGACAGGAGUGAGACAGAACAAAGUCUGAACGCACAUCUGAACAUUCAAAGGAUGAGAUGAAGACGAGUACAGUGAAAGGACUGUUGAUGUUUUGAACUGACAGCAGAUGCCAAGGCUUCACAUGGACUAUGAGGUGUAUGGAGGAGAUGUAAAUAAACUGUGUUGAAAUGAAAAAGUCUUCAGUC